AUGUCAAUUGAUCACAACCUCACGGCCGCCAUCGGGGCCAGCGCCGAAGACCGUGCCGGCUCCUAUGCCGUCAUGCAUGUGCUAGCUGCCACAGUCAUAGUGGCGCUCUUCUCAUACAUUUUUACCCAGAGGAGAGGCCGGAAGAAGGUGAGCCAGAAGUCCCAAGAGUCUUGUGUUCAUAUGCCUAGAACGCUUCUGACGAGUCUUGUUACACCCCGGCAGCUGGAGACUGCGAUUGCAGAACAACACAAUUGCAAGCCCGUCAUCCCUUUCGUGCCGUACAAAUGGCCCCUCGCCCUUGAUCUCCUCAAACGUCAAUACUACAUCUUGUUCAGUGACAACACAUUCGAACGCCUGACGCCGUUCUUCGACCUGGCCGGGACAUGUCGCAUCCACCUCUUUGGCAACACCGGCUACUUUACGACCGACCCGGAGAAUAUCGAGGCCAUUCUCUACACCCGAUUCGACGAUUAUGGUCUCGGCAGCCGCCGCCUGGCUUUCUUCUCGCUUCUCGGCGAGGGGAUCUUCGGACAGGACGGGCCGGCGUGGAAACGGUCCAGGGAGCUCAUUCGACACCAGUUUGUUCGGGUACAGAAGCAGAUUCCCGAGGCCUUCACGCCGCUAGUCGACGAGCUUGUAUCUGGCAUCGCGGAGGCCGCAGUUGACGAGCAAGUGGACCUGAAGCCUCUUAUGUACCAGUUCACCUUGGCCACCACCACCAUGCUUCUGUUCGGUGAGCCCCACAGUAGCAUGGCAAAGGAGGAACGGGAUGCGGUACGCGAUAACUUCGAUUACGCUGCUUUUGGCUGCGGCAUCCGUGUCCGGCUCGCUGACGUCGCCUGGCUCUACAACCCUGCCAAGUACAGGAAUGCCUGCAGGGCUAACGACUUCGGUGAAGAGGCGGCUGCCGAGAAGUAUGCUUUCAUCAUUGACUUCUUCCAUCUUGUUCGCAACCCUGUCAUCCUAGAGCGGUUGUUGGAGGAGAUUGCUUCCGUCCCCACGGGCGGCGACAUAACGCGGGAUCAGAUUCAGCGGCUGCCCUUCCUCCGGUGCUGGCUCAACGAGACCCUGCGCUUGUAUCCGACGCUGCCCUUGAACCUCCGUUCUGCCAAUAAGCCUACCGUCCUCCCUCGUGGCGGCGGGUCCGAUGGCAGGUCGCCAGUUCUGCUACCCAAGGGAGCUGGUAUCACCCACUCCGUCUACCACCUUCACCGUCUCGAGUCCAUUUAUGGGCCGGACUCCAGAGUCUAUCGCCCGCAGAGAUGGGAAGAUGGUGAGCUGAUCAGGAAGGCCCGUCUAGGGGCUGGCUACGUGGACUUCAAUGCCGGCCCGAGGCUUUGCUUAGGCAAGGAUUUCGCCUUGAUGGAAGCAAGCUACGCUAUUGUCAGAGUUCUCCAGGCAUAUCCUAGCAUUCGACUUGCUCUUGGGACCCCGAAUUAG